GAGCAGUAUUUUUUUUGUAUAUCUUUUAAAUAUCUAUGGACUCUAAUGGACGCUGUCAUUUUGAGUUUAUAAGCUGCUGUCAUUUUAGCUCUGCUAAAGUAAAAGAAAAGAGUAUCACAGAGUAUUUACAGAUAGAAUAAACUCGUCGUCAUUACAUUAGCCUAAACUAGGAAGUCACGAAGUGUCAUGUGACGGUAAAAAAAAAAGAUGGCCGCGGUGCAGUGGCGUUCCCGUGGGCGUAACUAUGAGGCAGAGCUGCAGAGGUGUCAUCCUGAGGGGAUCCCUGUGGAGUUCGGGGACUACCACCCCCUCAAACCUAUCAUGGUCACAGAUACAAAGAGCCGGCGGGGAACCCGUAAAGGCAGCACUUCCUCCUCAUCUUCCUCCUCCUCUUCAGCACCUGCAGACCCCCUCAGCUCCAUGCUGGACGGCACAGACCCCCUGUCCAUGUUCGCCGCUGCCUCUUCCAGCGAGACGUCGGCCUUGUCACGUAGCAGCUCCACUGGGGAUCUCGGGAGGAAGAAGAGAGUUAAGGAGGAGGAGGCGCUUGGAGCAGAUUUUGAGUCCUGGUCAUCAAAGCGAGGAGACAUCCUGGCCAGGUUCACCACCACCGAAAAACUCUCCAUUAGUCUCUCUAUGGGCACUGACAGAGGAAAAGCUCCCAACCCGGGAUCAUCGGCCGUUUCAGAGAAAGUUCGCACUCGCUUGGAGGAGCUGGACGAUUUGGAGGAGGGUUCCCAGAGGGAGCUGCUGAACCUCUCUCAGCAGGAUUAUGCCAACCGCAUCGAGGAGCUCAACCAGUCCCUGAAGGAGGCCUGGUCCUCUGACCAGAAGGUCAAAGCCCUGAAGAUCGUCAUCCAGUGCUCCAAGCUGCUGUCAGACACGUCUGUGAUCCAGUUCUACCCCAGCAAGUUUGUCCUCAUCACCGACAUCCUCGACACUUUUGGUCGUCUGGUUUAUGACAGAAUCUGGACCAUGUGCUCUGACCCCCGACCUUUGCCAGACUCGUUCACAGCUGAGGAUGUGAACGACACGGCCAAAGAGACGUGCCUGAACUGGUUCUUCAAGAUCGCCUCCAUCAGAGAGCUGCUGCCCAGACUAUACGUUGAAGCUGCAAUUCUCAAGUGCAACCGUUUCCUCAGCAGAUCAGGAAUCCAGGAGACGCUGCCUCGGUUGACCGCCAUGAUCCGUGGGAUCGGCGACCCUCUUGUUGCUGCUUACGCCAGAGCUUACCUCUGCAGGGUGGGCAUGGAGGUGGCGCCCCACCUGAAGGAGAGCCUGAACGCAAACUUCUUCGACCUGCUGGCCACCUUCCGGCAGAUCAGCGGAGACAGCGUCCAGAGGCAGCUGCAUGUCCAGAGGGUGGAGGUACCGAUGUACCUGACGCUCUACUCACCCGCCAUCAGCUGGAUCCUGCAGUGUAUCGCAUACAGAGCUCCAGAGCAACUUCUCACAGAGAUGAUGGAGAGAUGUAAGAUGAUGGCCAAUAAUGCUUUGCUCCUGAACUCGAUAAUGAGAGCCUUCAGACCGGAGUUUGUUGCGACCAGAGCCACAGAUUUCAUCGGAAUGAUCAAAGACUGCGACGAGUCCGGCUUCCCGAAGCAUCUGCUGUACGGGUCUCUGGGCCGCAGUCUGGGCUGCGCCGACCCUCCAGAGUCCGAGAGGCUGACGAUUCUGAACGAAGCCUGGAAGGUCAUCACCAAAGUCCGAAACGCUGAGGAUUACAUGAACUGUGCAGAGAUCUGGGUGGAGUUCACCUGCAGACACUUUACUAAACGUGAGGUCAACACGGUCCUGGCUGACAUCAUCAAACACAUGACCCCCGACCGCGCCUUCGAGGACGCCUACCCUCAGCUUCAGUCCGUCAUCAGGAAGAUCCUCACCUACUUCCACGACUUCUCCAUGCUCUUCUCCAUGGAGCGCUUCCUGCCGUUCCUGGACAUGUUCCAGAAGGACAGUGUGAGGGUGGAGGUCUGCAAAUCCAUCAUGGAGGUCUUCAUCAAACACCAGCUGGAGGUCACCAGGGACCCGGUCAUCCUCAACGCCAUGCUGCACAUCUGCAAAACCAUGCAUGACUCCGUCAAUGCUCUGACUCUGGAGGACGAGAAACGAUCUUUGGCCGUGCUGAUCACCGGCUUUAUCCGCAUGGUGAGACUUCUCAGCUUUUGGAUAAAGUGGAUUUAUGUCUCUAGAAACCUUGGAUGGAACAAAGGUGUUAAUAAUGGAGGCAGCGCUGCUUCAUAUUUGCUUUUUUAUUUGAAUGAAAUCAGGCCUGACCUUGCGUGUGCAGCCUAUUGUUUCAUCACCAUCCCUAGCAACAUCUUCAGCCGCCUCCACCUCUACCUACUGUCUGGUCAGGUGGCGCUGGCCAACCAGUGUCUCUCUCAGGCGGACGCCUUCCUGAAGGCGGCAGUCAGCAUCCUGCCUGAGGUUCCGCGCUCCAUCAGCGUGGAGGGGAAGCUUCGCUCCUCUGAGAGCUUCCUGCUGGACUUCAUCAACAACUUCCUGGCCACCCUGCUGGUUGUCCCGGACCACCCGGAGCACGGCGUGCUGUACCUGGUCCGGGGGCUGCUCAACAUGGUCCAGGACUACACCUGGGAGGACGGCAGCGACGCCAAGGUGCGGGUUUACAUCAGCGCCCUGCCGCUGCUCGCUGCUAUGAGUCAGGAGACGUAUCUCUACUCCAUCGCUAAAGUGGACUCCAAUGAGACGCUGUAUGGAGGAGACCCAAAGUUCCUCUCGGAGAUCAACAAGCUGUGUGAGACGCUCAUCGGCCAGAUUUUGGACCAUCUGAAGGGACUUUCUAAGGACGAGCAGAGCACGCGGCGUCAAAGCGCCCUGGCUUUCUCCCUCUUCGGCGUCCUUGUCGCCCACGGCGACCUGAGGAACAACAAGCUGAGCCAGCUGUCCAUCAACCUGUGGAACCUGAGCCACAAACACGGACACUGCGACACUCGGAUUGCUGUUCGGACUCUGGAGUCCAUCAAACAUCAGGCUCAGCUGCCCGCCAUGGCCCACCUGUCAGACACCGUCCAAAGGCUCGCCCUGCAGUCCCGCACCUGAAAGCUCUGCUGGGAAAACAUGAUCAAUGAUGUCACUAAUGUAAAUAAAUAGAUUAAACUACUAACAUCAACA